GAACCAAGCCGGGUCGCGUUCGACCCACGCGGAAGCAGAAGAAAAGGCUCGAUUCGCUGUUCCCUGUCCACAGCUCGCCGCGGAGGCCGUCGCCGCCCAAGUGAGGUCCGGAGUGAAGAGGCUUGCGAUCUCCGCUGCGCGCGCGAAAGAUGGCUGACCCAGAGUUGGAAGCUAUCAGGCAGAGGAGGAUGCAAGAGCUAAUGGCACAGCGUGGUGGGGCAAAUCAGCAAAAUGCAGGCCAACAAAAAGCUCAAGAAGAUGCAAAACAGGAAGCUGAGGAACGCAGACAGAUGAUGCUUGCUCAGAUAUUAUCUUCUGAAGCCAGAGAAAGGCUCUCCCGCAUAGCUUUGGUCAAACCUGAAAAAGCUAGAGGGGUGGAGGAUGUUCUGCUUCGAGCUGCUCAAACUGGUGGAAUAUCUGAAAAGGUGUCAGAAGAAAGGCUCAUCUCACUUCUGGAGCAAAUUAACACCCACACAACCAAGCAAACCAAAGUUACGAUUCAGAGGCGUCGGAGUGUCCUUGAUGACGACGACUAGAUGUGACCUGCAAGCUUCCUACUGAUGGAUUAAGAGCGGUGCUGAACUGUUUGCUUAAAAACGAUGAUCCGCUGUGACAGUCACCAGCCAUCAAAAACUUGGUAGAUUAUUCCGUGGAUCUUUGGUUGUAUAUGAUCCGAAGUCUUAUUGGUGUGCCCAUUGAGGACAGUCGAUAUUGGCUGUGUUUAUCCCAGAAACACUUUGCUCUUCCUAAGCUACGGCAUUAAUGGGUGUUUGUGUCCACUCCUACCCGGUCGAGCCAGCCU